AUGGUGACGCUAAUAAAAGAGAUAAUAGGAUUUGUCAUCGCCACACUCCUCAACAGAUCCAGAAACUUGAAGCAUAAAAUCUUUAUUAACUCUAUUAAUUUCAAAAAAUGUCCUCAUCCGGGUGAAUCACAGCGACACAAGUUAUGCAAAGAGCUGAAUCUCGAGCUAGACCAGGUCAAAUAUUGGUUUCAGAACAAAAGAAGUCAAAGCAAAGCUCAAGAUGAAAGAUCUUCUAACAUAUUACUUCGUGGUGAAAAUGAUAAGAUCCGAUGUGAGAAUGAAGCAAUGCUAGAUGUUUUACAGAAUGUGCUGUGUCCAGCUUGUGGAAGUCCUUCUUUUGGUAGAGACGAACGCGAACGCAAUCUCCAAAAACAUUAUUUGGAAAACGCCGUCCUCAAAGAGAUG